AUCAGCUAUCGCCACGUGAUCAGACAUUUUCACCUCCGCUUUUUGUAAUCUUGAAUUGCCUCCAAACCCCCGUCAUCAAAAGCACCAUCCACAUUCAACUCAUCCAUAUACGCUCUUUUCGACGAAUGCUCGUGAUCAUAGUAUUCUAACCGAUCUUCAUGUUUAUCCAUAAAAAUCCCCGCCUAAGAAUGAUAUGCUGAGGUUCCUUCGUGCCGCAAUGACUUCCACCCCGAAACGAGUUCCUAUCCCCGCCAACGGGGUCGACUACCGUGGCAAGAUCGUUCUUGCGCCAAUGGUACGAUCUGGAGAACUACCUUCUCGUCUUCUCGCUCUCAAAUAUGGCGCCGAUCUUGUCUGGGGCCCUGAAACAAUCGACAAGGCACUUGUCGGAGCCUGCCGCCGUGUGAACCCCCGCAACGGAACCAUCGAAUUCACCCGGGUCCCAUCGAACGGAGGACGCAAGGAGAAAGCCACACAAGAGUCGAUUAUAUACCGUCUGGACCCCGUUCGUGAGAAAGGAAAACUCAUCUUCCAGAUCGGAACUGCCUCCCCCGAGCUAGCCGUCCAGGCGGCGUCGCUGGUCGCAGGAGAUGUAGCUGGCAUCGAUGUGAACUCGGGAUGUCCUAAGCCGUUUAGCACAAGUGGCGGAAUGGGGGCUGCGCUGCUGCGCACCCCGGAUAAACUGGUUGCGAUUCUUGAGGCUCUCGUCAAGGAAGUAGGAACGCCGCAUCAGAUCGGCAUCUCCGUUAAGAUUCGGAUCCUCGAGACCCCGGAGUUGACGGAGACUCUGGUGAAGCGACUGGUUGCAACGGGAAUCACUGGGUUGACUGUCCACUGCCGCACAACACCCAUGCGGCCGCGCGAACGCGCUAUUCGCGAUCAACUGCGCAUGAUCCGCGAGAUCUGCCACGACGCUGGCAUCGCCUGCGUCAUGAAUGGAGACGUGACUUCGCGCGACGAAGCCCUCGCACUCAUGCAAGAAUACGGAGUCGACGGCGCUAUGAUCGCCACUUCUGCCGAGGCCAACUCCUCCUGUUUCCGCUCCGAAGCCGACGGUGGUCUCCUUCCCUGGAGGGACGUCGUGCACGAUUACCUCAGGUUUUGCAUCGAAUCCGAGAACCGAUUCGGCAACACCAAGUACCUCCUAAACAUCCUCAUCCCGGGCAAGGAUAAAGAGUUCAAGGAAGCUAAGAACGCAAAAUGCUAUGCCGACUACUGCCAUAUGCUGCAUUUCGAUGACCUCAUCGCCGACGCUAGGCGUGCCGACGAGAUCCUCAACCUCUCCCAUAAGUCCAUCACCAACCCACCACCGGGUGACGACGCACGCAGCAAGGCAGUCGAGAACGCAAUGGCCCACAACGAAUCCGCCAGAGCCGCAAGCGGGGCCCCCAGGUCCAAACAUGUUUCUCCUGCUGUUAGCGGAGUUGGGCCCAUUCGCACGAAUUCCAUUCCUAAAUCAAGAACCGAGGAGAAAACCCCAGUUGAGGUUGAUGUCUCUAUCCAAGCUCCUCAGAACCCAGAGCUCACUGUAUAG